ACUAAUCCAAAGACUGAUACUUCGGCUCUAGAGGCUCGGAAUGGAAAGGAUAUUCAGGGAAUUCCAUGGGAGAGAAUGAACUUUUCGAGGGAUAAGUACCGUGAGAUGAGGUUGAAGCAGUAUAAAAACUACGAGAGCCUCUCCCACUCUCGUGAAGAGAUAAAAAAGGGAUGCAAGACGGUGGAGAAAGGGAGCACCUUCUAUGAUUUCCAAUUCAACACGAGGCUCGUCAAAUCUACUGUUGUGCAUUUUCAGGUAGAGAUUUUAUCCAAUCGUCACUUUUCUAAAUCUUUGGUUCUCAAUAAUCAUAACUGGUUCCUGAUUAUUUUCCAAGGCAAAGGCAUCGCGUCAUCUGUAUAACCGAAAUUGGUAUAUUUUUCCUCAUGUUUCGGAAGUAGUAAUUGAAGUCUGCUUUGUUAGUUGUGAUUUCAAAAUAACCCAACUGGUUGCUUCUCUUUAUUAGUUAUCACAGAGCAGCAUGUUGAGAUUGUAUGUUCUUCAAAAGGGUAAAUGCCUUAAAAUAUUCCCUAUGGUCUUACCAAGAGAUGCUAGUUUUCCUUUAUUAGUUGGUUUAUAAAUCUAUUUUAGAAUUUUACACUGCACAGUCAUUUAUUUCAUUUCUUGCUUCUUUUUUGACUUCUCUAUUAAUUGUUUGUUUCAAGGCAUUUAGCUAUUACCUUCUAACAAUUUCACCAAUUAUCAGUGAUAAGAGGUGCCAUCAUUUUUUUUUUUGUUUGUUUGGGGAGGGGGGGGGCAUUGGGUGAAAUUCCUAGUAGAAUUAAUAUAUUUAUACAGCCAAAGUAUCUAUUUUUCUGGUUUAAUUUGUUACACCAAAAUAUUCGUUGAGAAGCUCCCAUUAGAAGAGCCAUAAUGAAUAUCCUUGUCUAUUACAGGUCAGAGAAAAGGAUAGAAACUCAUGCAAGCUAUCUCUUUAUGUAUAUUGUUGAGACAUAAAUUCAUGUAAAUUCUGACAUUAGAGAUAAAAUUUUAUGUUCAUAUGUAGUUUUCUAUGCGCAUAUCAUUAGUCUUGUAGUUUUGCAGGUCCUGAAUACGUAUUAUAUUAUUGCUUUAUGGAAAUUUAGACAUGUACAUGUUGCUUUAUGCCCUUAUUGUCGGGAAGGUAUGGAUUUAUGGUUGGAAAUCUUUCUGUUUUGACUCCGGUAGAUGCUAUUAAUUCAUCUCUGUGGAUAUAUGCACUACUAACUUAAAUGUCACAGUGUUUCAGAUCAAGUUAUGGUCCAGUGAGACCAUUAUGCUAAAAUAGUCUUUUCCAGAUCUUGAGUAUAAAUGCCUCAAGCCUCUUGCCAGUCAUGUUUGUUUUCUACUCUGCAUCUAUGGUCACUUUACUUUUAACAGUAGUGACUGGAAGUUGGUUUUAGUUUAGCUGUGAUUUCUGAAUCCCUUGUUAACAUGUUCUGAAGAAUCCAUGGGGAUAUCCUGUCUUUAUCUGCUAUCUAAAGAUUAACCUUUUUAGACUCCACUAAAUCAUCAACGCAGGUGGUAGUGCAGUGCAAAGAUUCUGUUUAUGUCUGCAUUCUUUAACUUAAGAAUAGUGGAGAAUUGGGCCACUUUCUUUGGCAUACUUAGACGAAGUAUAGAGAAUUGAAUGGAUGAUCGAUAACCUUUUCUACAGUGCAUAUCCAUUGAAUGAGUAUUAUUUAAACUAAGAUGUUGAGAUGCCCAAGCACAAAUAGGGGUGCAUGAAGUUGGCUAACUGAUUUGGUACGUUGUUGAUGUUACUGGUAUAUGGUUCUCAUUUACUAUGUGGAUACCUUGUUUUAACUGUACCUCUUACCAAAUUAUGUUGACAGUUUAAAAAGGAGAGACAGCAAACUUAUUCAGUUGUAUCCAUUUGCUAAAGUUAAAUGUUUGCUGUUAAUGACAAUACACACAAAGGACCAUACUUACAAUACCUUUUACUAAACCUUUCUCAAAAAAAAAAAAAUGACAAUACGCACAAAAACUCAUGGGGGUAUAUAGAGAAUGCUGGUCCGUUAGCUUGUUUGUUCCAUUUUAAUGAUUAAAUUUACCAAUGAUAGUUAUGAGUUGAGAAAAAUAAUAUAUAGAAAGGUACAAAGUGUCAAUGGUUAUCCUUCAUGGUAUCAUCAUGAACAUUGUGCUGGUUCCUCCAGAUUUUUUGUGGGAUCUUUCAAACAUUUAGACAUAAUCAGUGCUGUGUAUUUUUGUGAUAAAUGUAUUUUCUGCAGUUCAAAUUAUUGAAAUGAGUGAUUAAGUGCAGGGUUACACACUGAGUUGGUUAUUACUAUUUUUUGUACAUUACUUGAUUAUUUCUUAAGGCAAAUUAAUUGAUCAUUUACCCCCGCCCUUUUAGUGAAAUAUGCAGCGUCCCAGGAGGUUUUAUUGUGAACUAGUUUAGAAGCUAUGCAUCCUUUAAACUGAUAAUAAAAUUUUAGUUGACAAAUCGGUCCAUGAAGUCCAUGUGUAGGCAAUCGUGCUCUGAAAUUUUUAAUAAAACUGAGUGUUGUGCAUUGUUGAUGGAUCUUAUUAUUCUUUCCCUGCCUUGGGUUUUGUCCAAGUCUGCAUGGUAACCGGCAAGUGUGCUUGGGCUAGGUUUCUUAAAUAUUUCUCAAAUUAUUAGUUCCCCUGCUUUUGUGUCUUCUGAACAAGUGAUUGUGUAAAAUGAAUAUUACUUUUUACCUCUUCCUGGCCAAAUGGUUGUUUUUAGUUUUUAUGCUUCUGCUCUGAUUUGUGAAAUGCCAAUGUUCUUAUAUUGUUAUUGCUAUCUGUUUAAUGUUGCCUUUAACCCCUCCUCUGUGACAUCUAGGAGGACUUUCUAUGCUAUCUUUAUUUCAGCAAUAAAAAGCAGGGUGGGAGUUCUCUCUGAGCAGCUGGCAAAUGAGGCGACCCUGUCCAUAUGCUGAGGAAUCUAUUGUGGGCAACAUCAAAGCACGAUGUGUACUUGAUGCACAAUUACUCUGUCAUGCAUUGGUCCCCCCUCCUCAAGCGGGGGAAGGAAGUACUUAAUGUGGCUGGACCAAUUGUGUCAACUGUGAAACAGACAGGAUCCUUAGCUCAGUCCCUCUCAAGAGUGCAAAUCAGCACGAUGGCUGUUAAAGACAAUUUAUUAGUUGCAGGUGGUUUACGAGGGGAGCUUAUUUGUAAGUAUCUGAACCGCCCUGGAGUUGCCUUCUGCACAAAAUUAACUAGUGAUGAUAGUGCAAUCACCAAUGCUGUGGACAUCUAUCGGAGUUGCAAUGGCUUGACUAGACUGAUGACAGCAAACAAUGACGCACAAGUGAGGGUGUUUGAUACCGAAAGUUUUGCUUGCCUUAACCUUUUCUCCUUCUCUUGGUCUGUAAAUAACACUUCGGUUAGCCCUGACGGCAAGCUUUUCGCUGUUCUGGGAGACAGCGCAGAUUGCUUGAUUGCCGACACACAGUCGGGAAAGGUGGUUGGUAACCUCAAAGGCCACUUGGAUUAUUCUUUUACUUCGGCGUGGCACCCGGAUGGCAUGAUCCUUGCCACUGGGAACCAGGACACAACAUGCAGGCUCUGGGAUGUGAGAAAUCUUUCCAAGUCCCUGGCAGUACUUGAGGGGAGGAUGGGGGCAAUAAGAACUGUAAAGUUCACCUCUGAUGGCCGGUUCAUGUCAAUGGCUGAGCCAGCUGAUUUUGUUCACAUAUAUGAUGCUCGAUCUGGGUAUUGCAAAGCACAAGAGAUAGAUCUUUUUGGGGAGAUUGCUGGGAUGUCAUUCAGCCCCGACACAGAAGCUCUGCUUGUUGGCGUAGCAGAUCGAACCUAUGGCAGCUUGUUGGAGUUCAACAGGCGGCGUUGCAACGCCUAUCUGGAUUCUAUCUAUUAGCCUGCUUCAGUAGAGCUUGUGGUAUUGGCGUUGAUGCCAAGUGAAAACUGCUCGGAAGAGAGGUGGAUGGUGGAUGUACAUAGUUGGCUUGAAGUAUGUGUUGGUGAAGGUGCCGGUCUACGCUAAUGGAUUGCUUCUCUAGAUUUGGAUUGUGGAUUCAGAGCUGUUUUGUUCUCUCGUUCAAACACUAGAAAAGGCCAGAAAGCUUUGAUUGACUAUUUUGUAGAGGAUUGCUUUUUCUUACUCGCUAUUUUGUAAAUGCUGCUUCUGCACAAGCGAGUUAUUAGGAGAAAAAAGUUGUCUAUGUAAAGCUAUUUUUGAGAAUAUUAGUUGUAAUUCCUGUUAAACUUGUUUCUCAUACUAUAUUUUGUCGAGUGCAAAAUUUGGGGAAAGCAAAUCAUAGUACAAACAAAUUUUGCAAUA